GGUCCUUACAAUGCAAGUGAAUGGUGACAGAACUCAAAAACCUCCAAAAAGAAGAUAAAGACAGUCCAUCAGACUCCAAUGAUUUAUGGUUUAAUCAAUGUCUUAGGAAGCGAGACAGUUUUUGGGUGAGAACAGACCAAAAUAUAUGUCUUGAAUGCAGUCUCCUUGGCAAUCAUGACUUCAAGCUCGUUUACACUUCCUAUAGCGCUCUGCGCAUAUGUCAAGUAUUAGGAAGUGUAACCAAGCUUAUGUCAUGAUAGUUCCUAGAGACUGCAAUGGCAAGAUGUACAGUGAAAAAGGAGUUAUAUUUUGGUCUUUUCUCACCCAAAGCCAACUGGAUCGCUAUAGAAGACAUUGAUUAAACCAUAAAUCAUUUGGAAUACUUUAUGCUGACUUUAUCUAAUUUUUGGAGCUUCAAAGGCCUGAUCACCACUCACUUGCGAGCUGAGAUAUUCUUCUAAAAACCUUUGUUUGUGUUCAUCAGAAAAGAGGAUCUGGGAUGGCAAGAGGGAUUCUGAGUGGUUUGCAAUGACUUCUGACUCCCCGCGCAGACCUAGCCGCUGUGCUGGUGGGGUUGUGGUUCGGGCACAGGCUGCAACAGAGCAGUCUUACAUGGAAAGUGUGGUUACAUUCUUGCAGGACGUAGUCCCUCAGGCGUACACUGGGACACCGCCAAAUGAUGAAAAAGAAAAGAUAGUUUGGGUCCGCUUUGAAAAAACAGACAUCAAUGAUGUGGCCCGUUUACCAGAGUUCCAAGAAAAGCAUGGAAACAGCACAGACCCACCUCUCUGCUUGAUGAUUGGCUACACUGAUGGAAUGCAGAUCUGGAGCAUAUCACUGAACGGGGAGGCACAGGAGCUGUUCUCGGUGCGGCAUGGUCCUGUGCGAACUGCCAGGAUUCUGCCUGCCCCUCAUAUCAGUUCCUUCAAGACCGACAGCUUCGCUGAGAAACGGCCCCUUCUAGGUGUGUGCAAGAGCACGGGCUCUUCGGGGACAAGUCCCCCUUAUUGUUGUGUGGACCUUUAUUCCCUGAGAACAGGAGAGAUGAUCAAAUCCAUACAGUUUAAAACACCCAUAUAUGACCUACACUGCAACAAAAGGAUCCUUGUCGUUAGUCUUCAAGAAAAGAUUGCUGCCUUUGACAGCUGCACCUUUAUGAAGAAGUUCUUUGUCACAAGCUGCUACCCAUGUCCUGGGCCCAACCUCAACCCUAUUGCUCUAGGAAGUCGGUGGUUGGCCUAUGCCGAGAACAAGCUGAUCCGGUGUCAUCAGUCCCGUGGUGGGGCCUGUGGAGAUAAUGCCCAGUCCUACACUGCCACUGUCAUCAGUGCAGCUAAAACAUUAAAGACAGGCUUGACAAUGGUGGGGAAGGUCGUGACUCAGCUCGCUGGAACACUGCCAUCAGGGGUGGCUGAUGAGGAGGGAACUGCCCACAGCGGUACCCGUCGCAGCCCUCACCAGCCUGGCGUGGUCACCAUUAUAGACACGCACACUGUGGGAGAGGGGCAGGUCCUAGUUAGCGAGGACUCAGAUGGAGAGGGAGUGAUUGCACAUUUUCCAGCACAUGAUAAGCCUAUAUCCUGCAUGGCGUUUAAUCCAAGCGGUAUGCUGCUGGUGACUGCAGACACUCUCGGCCAUGACUUUCACGUUUUUCAAAUCUUGACUCACCCAUGGGCUUCUUCCCAAAGUGCAGUUCAUCAUCUGUACACCCUUCACAGAGGAGAGACCGAGGCUAAGGUGCAGGACAUCUGCUUCAGCCAUGACUGUCGCUGGGUCGUCAUCAGCACUCUUCGUGGCACCUCGCAUGUUUUUCCCAUCAACCCGUACGGCGGCGCGCCGUGUGCUCGCACUCACAUGUCUCCACGUGUGGUCAAUCGUAUGAGCCGUUUCCAGAAAAGCGCCGGACUGGAGGAGAUUGAACAGGAGCUGAGCGGCAAACUGGGCGGCCGAUGCAGCCCCAUUUCUGGCCUCUCUAAUAGCCCUUCUGGAUCACCACUACAUGCCAAACUCACUAGUCAAGAAUCUUACAACAACUUCACUAACAACUACAUGGGUAACCCACGCCUGUCCCCACUACCCAGUUUGAUUGUUGUUCUUCCUCUGGCACAGAUCAAGCAACCGAUGACCUUGGGCACCAUCACCAAGCGCACUGGCAAAGCCAAGCCACCUCCCCAGAUCUCCCCCAGUAAGUCCAGUGGUGGAGAGUUCUGCAUAGCAGCAGUCUUCGCCUCCUCUCGCUCCUGGUUUAUCACCAACCCCAACAUGAAGAGAGAGAAAGAUCAGUCACGCCAGGCCGUUGUUGAAUCCCUCUACAUCCUGAGUUGCUAUGGAACCCUGGUGGAACAUGUGCUAGAGCCUCGGCCAAUCAGCACAGCACAAAAGAUCGGCGACGACACACCCCUAGAGCUGAACACCUGUCCGAGAGCCUGUUGGAAUCUUGCCAGGACACCGCAGUGGAAUGAGCUACAACCACCUUUCAGCAACAACCACCCCUUGGUGCUGGCCUCAGACUUCGUGCAGUACUAUCAGUACCUCCUGGUUGGCUUGGUACCACCUGGCAGCCCUGGCCCCAUCACACGACAUGAGUCUUAUGACAGCCUGACAUCCGAUCACAGUGGCCAGGAAGAUGAGGAAUGGCUCUCACAGGUGGAGAUUGUGACCCACACCGGUCCUCACAGAAGACUUUGGAUGGGCCCUCAAUUUCAGUUCAAGACCAUCCACCCGUCAGGUCAAACAACUGUCAUCUCAUCCAGUUCCUCUGUACUACAGUCCCAUGGGCCCAGUGACACCCAGCAGCCUCUGCUUGAUUUUGACACAGAUGACUUGGACCUGCACAGCCUCAGGAUCCAGCCGGUGCGGUCUGAGCCUGUUAGCAUGCCUGGAUCCUCUCGCCUGGUGGCCGAUUGUAGAGGCCAAUCCACAGUCAUAGAUACCGGCUCAGGCAUGUUUGAUCGCAGCGUCACUCUGCUGGAGGUGUGCGGCAGCUGGCCUGAAAGCUUCGGCCUGCGUCACAUGUCCUCUGUUGAAGCCACCGAAGAGGGCCUAAAGGAAAGACUGGCGGACGCAAUGUCAGAGUCGCCCAGCAGAGAUAUUGUAGGCUCUGGGACAGCAGAACUGCAGAGGGAGGGAAGCAUCGAGACACUCAGCAAUAGCUCAGGUUCCACCAGUGGAAGCAUUCCCCAGAACUUCGAAGGCUACCGGUCCCCUCUCCCCACCAAUGAGAGCCAGCCCCUGAGCCUGUACCCCACCGGAUUCCCCUAAAACCAGCUGUCCCGUGCUCAUCUCAGUCCCAAGGAAGCCUCUUUUUUGGCUUUGGACAAUCUUGACAGUACAACCACAUCAGAGAGUCUCCACUCUCUCAAUCUCUGUCUCUCUACCAAGUGUUCUCGGCUUAUCUUUGCUCCAAUGGCUGUUAUUUGAAAUGUGGAUUUUUUUUUCUUUAAUCGAACCAGGCAUGCACAGAUAUAGGAAAACAAUGCUCAAUCAGGACCAGAGUUCAGACUAGAAUUUCAUUUUCUGACUAACAAGAUGCUUUAUUGUCAUUUCACAAUGUUUGUAGAUCAAGAAGUUAAUGUGAUGUAGCUUUCAUUUAAGAGAAGGAGAGAGAGAGAGAGAGAGAGAGAGAGAGCACGCUGGUCUGAUGUACUGUAGGAGGGAUUGAUGGAGUCGUAAGUUUCAGAAAACGUGCCAUUUUUAUUAAUCAUUCUUUGAGCGUGUGUAUGAGUCUUUUAUUGUAGAGAGUGUAUAUGUCCACCAAAUCUGCGUCCUGAUUACCUAGAUUUAAGCUUGAGGUCAUAAAUCAUUACAUUGAAGCAAAUGAGUCAAAGUGACGACUGAGUUGCAGCACAAUUAAAACCGUUUCCUUUUUAAAAGCAGAACUGCCUUCCAAUGAUGUUUGUAUGUACUGAUGUUAAGAAAAAUACUUUAGUGCUUAAGAUCUGUUCAUAAAAGAAACACGUGUUGCUAAUCAUAUUCAGACAAAUAGUGUUUUAAUCUGUUUUAAUCUGUUUUCUUCUGGGGACGUGAUUUUCUUUCACUUAUUUGUGAUUUCUUUAUUAUUUAUUUAAAGUUAAUUUUUUAUUUUUUAAAUGCAUUUCAAAUUAUGGAUAAAUGUGAGAUUUAUUGCAUUUUCUUUUUUUUAGAAGGGACCUUUGUUUACCAAUGUAUUGUUUUCAUGUUGAAUUGGUUUAUUGGCUGUGUGCAAGGCUGGUAUUCAACAGUGGUACACUCGGAUAUCCACAGCAAAUUUAAUUUAGCUCAUAAGAGGAAUUAGAUAAACUUAUGGAUCAUGUCCCCUCACACAUCAUCAUCAUUAUAAUCAAUAUAAUAAUUAUUUGCUUAACCAAUUUAUAUUAUUCAGUUAGAAUAAUUUUUCUUGACGUGAUGCAAGUUUACACACAACUAUUGAUGAAUACCAAUUAAGCUAAUACAAGAGUUAUGAAAUUGCUAAAAAGAAUGUGCAGUCAUCCGUUUGUCAAGAAGCUUAGAGGAAUAUUCCAUGUUCAAUAUAAGUUAAGCUAAACCAACAUCAUUUGUGGAUAAUGUUGUUUCGCACAAACAAUUAUUUUGAUGUGUCCCUCCUUUUCUUUUAAAAAAGCAUUUGUUUACGGAUUGGCCCCAUACACUUCCAUUGUAAAUGCCUCAUCCAGCCUUUCUUUUUUUAAAGAAAAGGAGGGACAAGUCAAAAUAAAUGUCGUUGAACACAGCAUAUUCCUUUAAAAAGUGCUGGCUGACAGUUCGGUGCAUGUUGAAAACCUGAGUAGCUUGGUAUCUGGAGAGGAAACGUGUCAUGGUUUGUUCACCAUAAUUGAUAAUGGGCAAAGUUGGCAUGAUUUGAUGUGUGAAUGCAGUGCACAUGCUUUGUAUGGACUACAGGAUUUUUUGUUAUUAUACUGAAGUAAUAUUUUCAUGAAAUAGGAAUUUAGGCAAGUGAAAUUAAUGAUUCUAUACAUUUGGUGUUUGUUUAAUACAAUAUGUGCAUUUUGACUUUCUCACAAACUUGUUAACUUGCCUUGCUUUUUCAUCCUAUAUUUGCUAUAAAAAAAAAACUGCAUUUAAAUUAUGAUAGAAAUCUGAGACACAGGCUAAAAAUCUAAAUCAUUGCCUUUAUUUAGGUAACUGAUUUUUUAAAAUAAUCUUUACCUCCUACAGUAAUGUCCACAGGUAUUGUUGUCUUAGAUUCCCUCCAUCACUGCUUUAAUUGCAUUGUUUCACUAUGUUAUAUAGAAAAGUUUAUUUAUAGUUAUCUAAUGCUGCUACAUUUUCAGUACCAGCUGUGCAUUGUGUAACUUCAUGAGGAAUUUUUCAGCUGCACAAAUGUCAAAGUUCUAUAACUGUGCUCUUUCAGUUUUGAAACUACAAAGACUGUAUAAUGGAUAUUGAAAUGCUGAAAGCAAUAAUACAUCUCAUUACUUAA